AAAAGGAAUGGAUUAGGUGGUUUGUGGCGGAAGUGGAUUGGCUCACAGUGGGCCGAGGGGGUUGCGAUGGUGGGCAAGCUAGGGCUUGCGACUAAGCUUGGGGUGCGAUGGAGGUGGUCACGGGUAUGGUUGGUUGUGGACAGAGGGAAUGAGCGUGGUGAGGUGGGGCUUGGUACAACAAUGGGUUGA